AUGUGGUCUAUCAAGGAUAAGACUCAAGCAGGUUCUUGGAUGUGGCGAAAGCUUUUAAAAUGUAGAGAGGUUGCGAAGAAGCUAUACAGAGUGGAAAUAAAGAAUGGGAGGAACACAUCCUUUUGGUAUGAGUCGUGGUCUCCGUUGGGGUGUUUGAAAGAUCUUCUUUGUGAUAGAGGCUAUAUUGAUAUGGGAAUCUCUAUUAACGCAAGGGUGUGUGAAUGCAGUAGACAUCGAAGGAGAUUCCAUAGAAAUCCUAUCUUCAAUAGAGUUGAAGAGGUAAUUGAUAGAUAUAAAGCCAAUAUUAUAGAGGAAGAAGACGUAUCUUUAUGGAGAAAUGGAAAGGGAGAUUACAAGAAUCGUUUCUCAUUGAAGGAGACUUGGCAAGUGACUAGAGUGCAGUAUCAGAGCUGCUACUGGCAAAAGAUGGUCUGGUUUAAGCAUGCUACUCCAAAAUUCUCUUUUGUUAUGUGGAUGGCGAUGAAGGAAAGAUUAUCUACGGGUGAAAGAAUGAGUAAUUGGGGAGGCAGUGUUGAUACUACUUGUGUGUUUUGCCAAGAUCCUAUGGAGACUUUGGCUCACCUUUUCUUUGUCUGUCCAUAUUCUUCUCAGAUUUGGGAGGGUUUGACAAAGAGAGUUAUGGAUACUCAAUACACAACGAGUUGGAGGGGUAUUAUGCGAGUGGCUUUGGAUAAUACUCAAGAGAAGAUCAAGCUCUUCACUUUGCGGUAUGCUCUUCAAGCUACAGUGCACACAAUUUGGAUAGAAAGGAACAGAAGAAGACAUGGGGAAACUCCUAAACCAGCAGAGCUGUUGAUUAAAUGGAUUGAUAAGAUGGUGAGAAACAAGUUCUCAAUUAUAAGGAAGAGAGGGGAUAAGGAUUUUGAUGGAGGGAUGGUAUAUUGGUUUAGCACAAGAUAG